GGGAAGGACCAUGGCUGGGUUUUCUGUCCCGGGGCAGCGCAGGGAGGGGUCUCCUUAGCUGUGACCACCAGAGGGCUCUGGCUGUUGCUAGGCUGGGGAGGCUGCGCUCUCUUUCUCCCUCUGUUUUAUCUGCCGGGGCUGAGCUUCCCGGGUCACACGCUUCUGCCGCAUCCGUAAGUGACCUGAGAGCCCGGGCUGAGCCGCCGCCGCUGCCGCCGCCCAGCGGGGUGUGUGCGGGGAGAGCCCUUCCCCAGCGCCCCUCGGGACCAGCCGGGGGGACUUUCUCCGGGGGCCGGAAGCAGCUCCGGGCUCUGCCGACACCAGCCCCUGAGCCGGAGCCUGCAGGUGAGGGGAGAGACCCGGGGAAAGGGCUGGGGCCGGGCAGGAAAGUGACUCGGCACCAACGGCUCCUCCUCGCCCCAGCUCUGCUCCCGGGGGGGCGGGGGUCUGCGAGUCCCGGAGCUGCUGCUGCCGACCCCCCCCCCCCCCGGCUCUGCCCCACUGAGCGCCUGCAGGAGCCGAGCCAGCGCCGGGAGAACGACCAGCCUGGGCCGGGAUAGGGACCGAGUCUAGGGGGGGAAGGAGAGAGACUGGAAGGGGCAGCAGGAGAAAUUAUAGACUUUCUGAAAAGAUUUCUUUAGAAAAUAUUUUUAUUCCCAGACAAAAUCAGACGGUGGGAUCGUGAGGGAGAAGGAGGAGGAUAAUCUUGAUCUAAAUGUCCAGAGGAAGGGGGAACCUCAUGAGAUGUCACUAAGCAGAUCCAAAGGGAAUGUUUCCCAGAGUUCACCCCAGUGGAAAUUUCACAGGAAUAAGCACAGGCAGGGAAGACAGCAGGGGAACCACUCCAGUGGGGAGAGAGGGUAAACACACUCACCAUCAAAGAGACAUCAGGCAGCUCAGAGAUGACAUUUUUCUACCAGCAAACCCCAUAAAGAAGAAAGAUAUAGCACGUGUGCUGACUAAGGGGCGAGGCUUUUCUCAGAGCUCAGGCCUUACCUGCUCUCCAAGGAGCCACAUGGAAGAGAGAAUCCGUGACUGUCCUGAGCGUGCAAAAAGUGUCGAUGCCAAAUCAGCUCUUACCCAGCCUCAGAGAACCUACAUGGGAGAAGAGCCCUGUGUAGCUACUCACUGAGGGAAAUUGUUCAGUCAGAGCUAACUCCAUGUAGAGAUCAGAGACUCCGCCCUGUUUAAACGGAAACAUUGAUCAUUUGUGGGUAGGAAUGGUGGUGGGAGAUGGGGCAGAGAGGAUGGGACUGUGUUUGUGGGUUCAGUGCUGAUAACCAGUCAGCACAGGAGCUGAAUGACUUGUUUGUCAGAUAGAUCAUAGGCAGAGGGAGCAGGUUCCUAAAGGGAACUCGCUGAUUGUGUGAGGAUUUGUGGGAGUGAACAGCAUAUGGCAGGAAGUGAGCUGGGGGUGGGGUCUGCUUUUUAUUUCAGUGGCCCUUGUGAUGUGAGCUGGAUAGUCUCAGUGCAGUUCCUAGCAGGAUAGGUAUCCACACAGGAAAACCAUUUACAGGAUCUGUUGUCUCAGCAAAGAGGCCAAGGAGUGAAUGGGUCCCAGAUAAUGAGUUCUUUGCUGCUCACCUGGUGUACAAUUUGUGAGGACCUGCAUGGAGAAUAACUCUUUGCAGAUUAUUUACUCAGCAAAUUAUUCAAGCUCUCUUCCUGUUGGAGACAGCAAACUGGAAAUUCCUCUGAUCUACUACCUGUGUGAAUUCACUUGACAUGUUUUUUGGGGUUUUUUGUUAACUCUUUGGCUGGAUGGUAAAUAGUUUGUAACAAUAUUUGAUAGCCACAGUCAGCUGCUUUGGUUAGUGGUGAUUAGACACAUGGUAUUUUCCAAGUUCCCUGGCACCAUAGGAAUAACUUGUGACAAGGAGAGGGGCUUGAAGAAGCUGUUGUGAAUGUCUCAUGGAGAGGGACAAUUUAGCAGGGUAGGAAAGAAGAAGAUUAGGAAAGUAGAUCGUUUUAAACCUCUCCCGUAAGGCACCACUGGCCUCACUUCUGGGGUGCCAUCUCUGGAUAACUGAGGCUGCUGUCAGAUUUAUUGGCUGAGUGCAGGAUUUCAAUGUAACUUUCUCUUGCCACCUCUGCACCCCGUAAUUUCAUGUGUGUCCAGGGUCCGGUCAGAGUGUCUCAGUGUCAGGGCUUUAGUGGGGAUUUAGGAGUCCUGUCCUUGUUCCUCAUUGGUGUUAAGCAGGGUUUUAGGUUGUUUUAUAUAUCAGCCUUUACCACUGGCUAGCACACAAUGAAGAGAAAUAAUCAUAGCAGCAGAGGAUGGAGAAAGUCCUCUGCCAAACAGCCAAGCUUAAGCCCCAGGCAGCAUGCGGCCAGCCUCAGCAUUGGCGCUGGUCUAGGAUUGUCGUCACAGCCAUACAUGUCUGCCAGCCGCCGAUCACCACGAUCCACCACACAGAAAUACUGCUUGGCUGAGCCUGCUGUAUCCGGUGUCAUAGGGGAGUCAGGCACUGGGGGACCCCUCUUCAUCCCAGAUGAGGUAUUGCAGGUUGUCAUGUCUGAGGCCGACGAGGACGGAGCCAGCAUGGCUGGGGAGGCAGGCUCAUCAGGGGGUGACACACUUUCAGGCUACUCCUCUGGGGUGGACGGGGAAGCUCCCACGGAGCCAGCUACCCCAGAGGACAUGGAGGAGGAGGGCAGCACGCAAGAAGGGGUAGCCCAGCAUCAGAUGCUGAUAGCCUCAUAUUUCACCAGUGUCCAAAAGCAGGAUGAGUUGCCCAUCUGGAGUGGGGGAGACCUCAGUGCUGGAGCUGGGGAAACCACAGGGAACAGCAGGGCAGAGUGCAAUUCCCACAGCAUCAGCACCAUGCCUGUGGUGGCGACGCAGGGCCCCGGGCCUGGGAGAUACCACCGGCAGAAAUCAUGGGUCUGGGAGUAUUUCUCCAUUGACCCUGGGAACCCGACCCGUGUCACCUGUAUGAUCUGCCAGCAGAUGGUCAAGCGUGGGACUGACCCCAAGCGCCUGGGCACGUCGUCGCUUGGCAACCACAUUAAGCACAACCACAGCAUUGUCUACAUGCGCCAGAAGAACAUGGAGGGCAGGCAGCCCGGAGUGGCAGAGCCCCCCCUUACACCACACGGGGUUGCACUGAGCAGGCAGCAGAGUGGCACUGGCCGGGCCCCCAGCAUUGCCAGGAGACCUGGGGACACUUACACCCACCUGUCCAUCGAUGAGAGCCUGAAGAGGGGCACCAAGUACCAUCGGGCCCACUCCCGGGCACUGGCGCUGAACUCUGCCUGUGCCAAGAUGCUGGCCCUGGACCUCCUACCUUUCUCCCACGUAGAGGGCGAGGGCUUCAGGGAGAUGAUGGCGGCGGCCGCCCCCCGGUGGCAGGUGCCCAGUCGCUCCUUCUUCUCCAAGAAGGCAGUGCCGGAGCUGUGCCGUGCAGUAAAGACUGCGGUGCUGCAGGCUCUGGGGGGCUGUGAGGGUGGCCGCGUGCACCUAAUAGUGGAUAUGUGGACCAGCGGGCAAACCACUGACUACAUGUCCAUCAGUGCCCACUGGGUGAGCAUGAGCAACAGCAGCAUCCUGCGCCAGCAUGCCACCCUGUACAUGUGUGGCCUGGAGAAGCAGCACGGCACCGGGCACGUGCUGGAGAGGCUGCGGGGGGUCAUUAGAGAGUGGCUCAUGCCCCUCUCCCUCUCAUCGGGCUUUGUGGUCUCAGAUGAUGGACAGCGGUUGCGGCGAGUGCUGCGGGAAGGCGGCUUCCCCCGCGUCACCUGCCUGGCACACUGCCUCGGCCUGGUGGUGCGGGAGUUCCUGCACAGCAAUGAGGAGGUGGACCGGGUGCUGGCAGCUGCCAGGAAGGUCUGUGCCCACUUCAGGCACUCCUACACUGCCCGCCACCUGCUCUGGGAACUGCAGGUGGAGAAUCAGCUGCCACGGCACCAGCUGAAGAAGGAGGUGGCGGUGCGGUGGAGCUCCACCCUGCGCAUGCUGGAGCGGCUGUAUGAGCUGCGAGCUGCUGUCCAGGCCUUCUGCCAGCGCCAUUCUGCACAGGUCCAGCGGGCUGGCGGGCUGCACAUGGCCCAGACCGACUGGCCCCUCAUCCACAUCUUGUGCCAGAUCCUGCGGCCCUUUGACGAUGCCACCAAGCUGGUGAGCGGGACUGAUGCCAGCAUCAGUCAGGCCAUCCCGCUCAUCUGCCUGCUGGAGAAGAAGCUGCUCUCACUGGUGCAGCAGUAUGAGAGCAAGGGCGAGGAGACUGGCCAGGCGCUGGCCCACAGCCUGCUGCAAACCCUGCGGGGCAACCGACAGAUUGCUGAGAUCCGCGCUCAGGAGCACUAUGUCCUGGCCACCUAUGUAGACCCCCGCUUCAAGAACAACAUGGCCUCCUUCGUGCCCGAAGGGGAGGGUGGUCUGCACCGCUGGACGCAGAGACUCAUUGACGAGGUGGCUGAGAACAUCCGGGAUGUCCAGGACCGAGGCACCAGCCAGAGACAAACACAGCAACAGCGCAAGGGCAGUGCCUCAGACCGGGGCAGGUCCCUGUGGGACAGCCUGGAGGACUUCGGCCUCAUCAGCGUGGCCCCGGUACUACUGGACUCAGCCAAGACCCAGGCGGCCCAGAUUGUGGAAGGCUACCUGCAGGACACUGUGGUCCUGUCGGCCAGUGCUGAGCCCUUGCUGUAUUGGCAGCUGAAGCGGGACAUGUGGCUGCCCCUCUUCCAGGUGGCUGUGCAGCACCUGAGCUGCCCCCCCUCCAGCCUCUAUUCUGAGCAGCUUUUCACCACAGCGGGGACCAUCGUGCGGAACAGGCGUACUUGCCUCUCUACUGGCAGUGUGGAGAGCCUGGCCUUCAUCAAAAUGAACAAGCACCUGCUCCCCCGGGAGUACCAGGUGCCAGAACCAGGACCAGUACCAGGUGCCAGGGACAAAGCGACAUGGAACAUGGAGGAGGAAGAAUGGGAGGAGGAGGAGGAGGAAGAUAACAUGGAGGGACUCUGACCACUGAUGCCACCUACUUAAUGUCCUUGAUGGUCGAAACCAUCCCUGGCCCGCCUCUUUGACACCGGGAGCCUACGUUGCUUUUCUUCAUGGAGACCAAUUGUACAAUAUGCUUUCAUGUGCAUUGGUGUGAGAUGGGUGCAGAGCACAGCAGUGGGCACUGGUGCCAGUCACCAUCUCAGAACUUAUUCCUCCCUGGCUUUUGUCUUGGUUGUGGUUCAUGGACAUUUGUAUAGAGCUUGGCAAAAGGUUUCAGUCAAAUAGUUCACCAUGAAAUGCAGUUUGGGGCAACUAAUGACAAAUUCAGGUCACAUUCAGCAAAUAGUUUCAGUUGAAUAAAAACAAAUCAGUCAAAAUGUUUUAUUUUGAAAUUUUCAAAACACAAUGUGUUGACCUUUAAUUUCAAAGUGAUGUUUCAUUAGAAACGUAGCUGGAUUUAAUUUUUAAAAGGGUAAAAACACUUGAAAAUGAAAUGAAAAACUGGAAAAAAAUUGCGUCGGUUUAAACAAAAUGUUUUGCUUGGCCAGAAAUGGCACUUUUUCCCCUGAUUUUUUGAUUCAUUUGCUAAACUGGAAAAUCAACUAUUCUCUCAGCUCUACAUUUGUAUUCUGCUGCAAUGGACAGGUGUGGGAAGAGUGGCCCCAUGGUUUUCACUGUAAUUACCAUCAUCUGUCUAGUGGUAUAUCUGUGUAUAUACCACUAGGCGGAAAUAUAUAUAUAUUGCAGUGUUUUGAUCUGUCAUGGGAAAUUGUUGAGUAUUCCCUGGAAAAGGGCAGUGUUAUUGUCCAGUUUAAAACACCCCAUUGGGACCAGUAAAUAGACAGCUGUGAACCCCUUGGCACAUGUCAAUGCUGCUGCUGAUGGAGUGCUUCAGUUUAUGGGCAUUAACUUGUAUAAAGAUUUGGUCAUCUACAUUCCUGCCACUGGCUUGGCCUCAAUGGUCUCUAGUCAACAGGCCAUCAGCAAGGAAGCUCUAGUGGAGGAAUGUGGGGUGGGAAAACAGCAAAGCCAUUUUGGGGUACAAGGUCAAUUAUCUCUUUGGAAGCUCUGCAUUACGGGGCCUCCUGGCCUUCGAUUUACAUGACCUGUUAGCAAACUGGCUGCAGAAAAACAUGCCCUAGCAGUGAUUAGAUUCUGGAAUCUUUUUAUAUACAAUCCCAUGUAUGGCUGGUCUCUGAAAUGUUUUAAGAAAAUGACCUGAAAAUUAAGGCCAGUAUUUUCAAAAAUGAGAUGAUUAAAAUUAGGAGCCUAACGGUGAAAUUUUCUAAAGGGUCUAAGCACGAGUCUGACUGAUUUUUCUGUGGAAUUUGUGCUCCUAACCCCUGGAGGUGCUUUUAUACAAGAAAAUGAAUUCAAACUGGGACAGGGCUAUGAGGAUGAUCAGGGGAAUUUAGAGCUUGUCUUACGAGAGGAGAUCAAAGAGCUUGGCUUGGUUAGCUUAGCUGAGAAGAAGGGAUGUGAUUGCUCUCUAACUAUAGCAGAGAAGUGAACAGCAGGGAGGGAGAAAAGCUAUUGAAGCUAAUAGACAAUAUUGGCACAAGAACAAAUGGGGAUAAACUGGCAGUUAAUAACUUCAGGCUGGAAAUUAGAAGAGAAUUUCUAACCAGCAGAGAAGUGAGGUUCUGGAACAGACUCCCAAUAGGAGGAGUGGAGGCAACCUAACUAGUUUGAAGAUGGAGCUUGAUAAGUUUCUGGAUAUGAUUAUCUGAUUGGGCUGCCUGCGAUAGCAGGGGACUGGACUCGGUGAUACACGAGGUCAUAGACCCAUAGGGUUAGAAGGGACCUCAGGGGUCAUCUGGUCUAACCCCCUGCCAAGACAGAGGGCUACCCUGCCUCCUUCUGAACCUCCAGUGAAGGAGCUUCCAAGACCUCCCCAGGCAUCUGUUCCAUUGUCCUCCUGUUCUUACAGUGAGGAAGUUUGUCAGGAGAUUUAAUCUAAAUCUGCUAUGCUGCAGUUUGAACCCAUUCCCUCUUGUCCUGCCCUCUGUGGCAAAAGAGACCAAUUUUUCUCCAUCUUUUUUAUGGCAGCCUUUCAAGUAUUUGAAGACUGCUGUCAUUUCCCCCCUUAAUCUUUUCUUUUCCAAACGAAACAUACCCCAUUCUUUCAGCCCUUGCUCAUAUGGCUUGCAUUCCAUCCCUUUGAACAUCUUUGUUGCUCACCUCUGGAUCCUUUCCAGUUUAUCUACAUCCUUUCUAUGCAUUGGUGACCUAAAUUGGACACAGUACUCCAGCUGAGGCCUAACCAGUGCGAAAUAGAGCUGUACUAUCCCCUCCCGUGACUUGCAUGCUAUUCUUCUGUUAAUGAACCAAAAUUGCAUUUGACUUUUUUUGCAACAGCAUCGCAUUGCUGAUUCAUGUUGAGAUUGUGACCCGCCACAACUCCCCGAUCCUUCUCAGCCAUGCUGCUUCCAAGCCAGUUAUCCCCCAUUCUGUAUUUGUGCAUUUGCAAACUUGAUCAGUAUGUUCCCUUUCUAUGAAAAUCUCACUGUACCGCCGUACGUUUAUGUAGGUGCCUAAAUCUGGAUUUAGGUGCUUAAAUUUGGACAACAGUCUUUGAAAAUAAUGACAGACAUGCAGCCACCAGAGAUGUUUUUGGUGCUGUAUGCAUAUUGAUUUGCACUCACUGUUCAAUGCUAAAUGAGUUUCUCCAAAAUAAUUUGAAUAAAGAUUAUAUAUUUAAAAGGAGAUGUAUUCCUCACCCCCAAAAUACCUUAGGAACAUAAAUAAAAGGUUAUUUGCAUUAA